AUUUUAAAAUAAACUAUAAAAGGAUAUUCCAGUGUUCGGAGCCGAUCUAUGGCGGCGGCGGCGACGACGACCAGCGAGAAGAGCCGCGGGGAACGGAACCGCCGCUCCGUCUUCGAUCUACCUUCUGGUUUCUUCGAAUCCUGCCACUUGCUCCACGGCCUCCGUCCCGGCCAAGCCGAAGCCCCUUAUCCCCCUCCCGCGGCGGUUGCCGCGGGUAGCGACGGUGAGGGAGCGGAGCCGGCAAUUGAUACCCUCCGCAUCGGGGAUAAAGGGAAGGAAUCCUCGUCGUCAUCGAGGUGGACGUGCAAUACCUGCAAGGCGGAGUUCGAUUCCCUCCAGGACCAGCGCUCCCACUUCAAAUCCGACCUCCACCGCCUCAAUGUAAAGCUGAGCAUUGCUGGCAAGAGUAUUAUCAAGGAAGAUGACUUUGACUAUUUGGGCGGUGAUCCUCUGUUUGAAGACUUUGAUGUAUCUAGUAUAUCAGGCUCAGAAGUUGAGUUUGAAAAUGAUCCUAUCCAUAAUAGUAGCCUCUCUAAGAAAGGUGAUAAACAAAAGCUAUGUUUUCGUAUCCAAUCAGACAAAAUCAUUUCUGUAUGGAAAUGUUUGCUUAUGAAAGAAACUGAAGAUAUAUCUUUUAAGAAUGGUAAGCCAAACCUUAUCAAUGGAGAUGCAUGUCUAGAGGAGGAUGAGUUGAUUAACAGAUUGAAAACGCUGGUCUGCGAGCCUAGAGAUAAAUCACACUUAAGGAUCGUUUUGCUUGCAAGUGGUGGUCAUUUUGUUGGCUGUGUUUUUGAUGGGAACAUUGUUAUAGCACACAAGACAUUUCACAGGUAUGUUGUCCGGGCAAAGGCUGGUAAACAGCAAUCUGCUAAAGAUGCAACUGGAAAAGCAGCACAUUCAGCUGGUUCAGCUCUACGUAGAUAUAAUGAAGCUGCACUGAAGAAGGAAGUUCAAGAAUUGCUUAUAUCAUGGAAGCCAUUCAUCAAGUCUUCCUUGUGUAUAUUUAUAUAUGCUCCUUCCAGGAGUCAUCAGAUCCUUUUUGAUGCUGAUAAGCCUCAGUUCAAUGAUCAUGAUUAUGUAAUUAGACAUGUUCCUUUAACUGUGCAUAGGCCAACUUUGAAGGAGGCCAAACGUAUAUAUGAGCAGUUGACAAACAUAACUUAUGAAGCCGAUGAGAGUGGAGUCCCAGACGAAAAUUCAUCUCUAUAUGUGGGUCAUGAUGGAAAGAGCAUUUCCGAACCCAGUCAUUCCAUGUUGUCGGAGUGCUCAGCAAUCAAGGAAUCCUAUCCUGAAUCAAGUUCAGGACUAGAAAGUUUGUCAAUCGCCAGCGAAGCAGUCACUGUGACAAUUAACAGGGAUGAGACAACACCUCUACAUGAAGCAGCAAAAUCUGGUGAUCCUCAACAAACCCUUGACCUUCUCGAACAAGGUCUCAAUCCCUGUAUUAAAGAUGGUAGGGGUCGGACUCCUUACAUGUUAGCAUCCGAGAAGGAAGUCCGUAACACUUUUAGAAGAUUUAUGGCUCUAUAUCCUGAUAAGUGGGAUUGGCAUGCUGCCAAUGUUCCUAGUCCACUGACAAAGGAGCUGGAAGAGGCGCAAACAGCCAAGCAGGCAGAGAAGGAUGCCAAGCGGAAGGCAAAGGCUAAAGAGUUGAAGAAGUUGCGGAAAGCAAAAGAAAAGGCAAAGGCUCAAGCUGCACUAUCUGAAACUUCUUCAGCAACUGUCUCUAAAGCCCAAGAAGCACCACCUACCGGCCAUAAGCAGCAGCCGAAAAUCAAAGAACCUCUUUUAUCUAAAGAGGAGGAACAGAGAAGAGCCCUGGCCGAAGAACGAGAAAAGAGAGCAGCUGCAGCAGAGAGGAGAAUAGCAGCUCUUAAUAUCGGUCUAUCAAGUAGCAAAGUAGCAUCGGCAAGCCUCCCGGAGCCUACUAGUGGAUCCAGUGACCUUACGUGCUCAUGCUGCAAUGCUUCCUUGGAAGGCAAAAUUCCUUUCCACAGGUAUAAUUACAAGUACUGCAGCACCUCUUGCAUGCAUGUCCAUAGAGAGAUUCUGGAAGAUGGAUAGACCAUUCUUUUAAACAAGAAUAUCUCUUGCAUGCAUAGCGGGCUUGGUCGCGCUCAGUUGCACUAGUCGCCCUCGAACGUACUAGCUGUAUAAAAUACGAUGGAUAACAGUUAACUACUUAGCAUUUUCUGAAAUAAAAGUUGCAUAUUUUGGUGAUUAA